GCGGCGGCGGCGGCGGCGACGACGACGGUGGCGGUGGCGGUGACCGGCACACACCACGGGGCCGACGACAGACACACGGCGAAUAUCGCAACGACGAUACCACUGUCGUCGUGAUAAUAUUAUGCAGAAAAGCGUAGUCAUACGCCGCCGAGGAGGAAAACCCGACGAAAAACGCGGCGACGGACCGAGGAAGCUUUGAGAUCGCGUCGGAUGUGAUGAGCGUGUACAACACACUGCACGUUUAGGAUAAUUAGUUAUCAAAAUCGCUAUUUUUGAAAGUAACACGAAUAAACAAGAGACAUGAAGCGUCAGAACGUGCGCACAUUAUCCCUAGUAGUUUGCACAUUUACAUAUUUGCUAGUGGGAGCUGCUGUAUUUGAUGCAUUGGAAUCGGAAACUGAAAGAAAAAGAUGGAAUCACCUUUUAGAACUAAAGGCAGCUUUGGUGAGAAAAUACAGCAUAAGCGAAGAUGAUUAUAGAAUGAUGGAGGUUGCUAUCAUCGAAAACAAACCUCACAAAGCUGGACCACAAUGGAAAUUUGCGGGCGCGUUUUAUUUCUCCACAGUCGUUUUGGCUAUGAUUGGUUAUGGGCAUUCGACACCAGUGACAAUUGGUGGAAAAGCAUUUUGUAUGGCAUACGCUAUGGUGGGCAUACCAUUAGGACUUAUUAUGUUCCAGAGUAUUGGUGAACGUUUAAAUAAAUUUGCGUCUGUAGUUAUUAGGAGGGCCAAACAAUAUUUAAAAUGUAAAAAGGAAGAAGCCACGGAAAUGAAUCUAAUGUUUGCUACUGGAAUGCUGUCGUCGGUUAUCAUCACCACUGGUGCGGCCGUGUUUUCAAAAUACGAAGGAUGGAGCUAUUUUGAUAGUUUUUAUUAUUGCUUCGUUACGCUCACCACCAUCGGUUUUGGAGAUUACGUCGCACUACAGAACGAUCAAGCUUUGAUGACAAUGCCAGGAUACGUGGCGCUUAGCUUGGUAUUCAUUUUGUUUGGACUCGCCGUCGUUGCCGCCAGCAUCAACUUGUUGGUACUGCGUUUCAUGACCAUGAACGCAGAGGAAGUGAGGCGCGAAGACAACGAGCUUCAGGGCGUGUCGCAGCACGUAAUUACCGUCGACGGCGAAGCAGUGACGUCCGUCAACGGCAAACUGUUGGCCGGGCACACGAUCGGCCGGGACGCUGGUGACGACGUGGACCAGGUGUCAGUAUGCUCGUGCACGUGCGUGGGACCGGUGCAGUACGACUACAACCGGGACAUACGACCUGCGGAACGGGCGGCCGCAAACGCCGCAGCUGCGGCCGCCGUGGUCUACAACAGCCCUCCGACCGAACAACCCCUGUUGUCCUUGAAGAGGGUGUCUAUAUAAAAAGGCGGUCGAGGGUGAUUUUGGUGGGUCGGGGUGGCAACGUUUUGUGUACGAUUGUAUAGAGACUUAUUAUUAUUAUCACUAUUAUUAUUAUGUAUUCAACCCUCAACCCUCCACUCAUCACCGCCAAGAAAUGUAAUAUGGCCCAAAGUCUGUACGUCAUCGCAGCACGACGUCUGAAAUAUAAACGUAGAGACAUAUUAUAUUUUAUUGUACAGGGUCAUUCAAAAGUCUUCCUCGGAUUUCAAAAACUAUAAUAUUUAUAUUUUUUAAAUGGAUGGUGACGCAAGAGUAAUAAAAAAGUAAAUAAAAAAUAAUCAAACGUGCUUCGACUGUCUGCCCGGUACACGCAGGUCUACAUAGUAGGUACGUCGUAGGUAUUUAAAAUACGGUAUUGUUUUCGUUACGCGUCCAUCUCGGCAAACUAGCCAAUCAUUAUAAACGCUCACGAGAGACGAGUGUAUCAGCGACGAAGAUACAAAAAAACAUUUAAAAAAAAAAUGAUAGUAAACAUGACUACUGGACUACCUCGUGUUUACAAUAACGGUAUAUAGGUAAAGACUUUUGAAUCACUCUAUAUAUUUAUAUUUAAUAUACAUAGUUUUCUAUUAAUAGCCAUAAAUCCCGUAUGUGUCUUACGUUUGACAUCGUUUGACAUCGUCUGUGAUCUAUUAUGGAAACUCAAACGGUGCGCUUUGCCCUUGUGUAAAACACGUUUUUUAAUUUGAUUCUUUUUUUAUUAUUAUUUUUGAAGUCUGAGGGGAAGCAUUUACAUUUAAGAUUCGUUAUCCUUCUCCAUCGAAUACCUACUUAGUAAAUACAAUACACGGUUAUAGCAGUUAAGAGUUAAAACAAUUGUUGUCACGUCACUUAAAAGUACCUACUCUUUACUUUUUUCCAGCCUAAUCGUAUUAUUUUUUUCAUAAAAUUUAGAACAUGUCAAUUAUUAAUUUUUUUUUAGUUUUAAAAAUGAACCUUUUUAUUAUGAGCUAUUUUAAAGCAAGCAUUUAGAAUACCAGAAUAUUAUUUGAUUAUAAUUAAUUAUUUAUAUAUAUUAUAUAUAUUUAUUGUAA